AUGGGACCCAGAAACAAAACAGUAUUUUCAGAAUUCUUUCUCUUAGGAUUGACAGAUGAUCCAGAACUGCAGCCCCUACUCUUCAGUCUGUUCCUGUCUAUGUACCUGGUCACCAUCCUGGGAAAUCUUCUCGUCAUCCUGGCUGUCAUCUCUGACUCCCACCUCCACUCCCCUAUGUACUUCUUCCUCUCCAACCUGUCCUUUACUGACAUCUGUUUAAGCACAACCACCAUCCCAAAGAUGCUGGUGAACAUCCAAGCACAGAUUCAGAGCAUCAGUUAUACAGGCUGCCUCACCCACGUCUGCUUUGUCUUGACUUUUGUUGGCUUGGAAAAUUUUCUCCUUGCAGCCAUGGCCUAUGACCACUAUGUGGCCAUCUGCCAUCCCCUGAGGUACACUGUUAUCAUGAACCCCCAACUCUGUGGCCUGCUGAUGGUGCUCUCACUGCUCAUUAGCAUUGUCAAUGCCCUGCUCCAUAGUCUGAAGAUGCUCCAGGCGCCCCUAUGGUUAUCCUUCUGUAAGGACUUGGACAUCCCCCACUUCUUCUGUGAACUUGGUCAAAUCAUCAAGCUUACCUGCUCUGAUACUCUCAUCAAUAAUAUCCUGGUGUAUUUUUUGGCUAGCUUACUUGGGGGUGUUCCUCUUUCUGGAAUCAUUUUCUCUUACACUCAAAUUUUCUCCUCUGUUUUGAGAAUGCCAUCAGAUGGUGGAAAGUAUAAAGCUUUCUCCACUUGUGGGUCUCACCUGUCAGUUGUGUCCUUGUUCUAUGGGACAGCAGUUGGUGUGUACAUUAGUUCUGCAGUUAGUGACUCUUCCAGGAAGAAUACCAUGGCUUCAGUGAUGUACAUCAUGAUUCCUCAAAUGAUGAACCCCUUUAUCUAUAGUCAGAGGAAUAGUGACAUGCAGGGUGCCUUGAAGAAACCUGUCUGUAGGAUACCUUCUUUUCUGUGA